GAUACAACUUUUUAGAUCUAUUUGUGUAUUAAUGUACUUUCUGAGAAAACACGUUUAGAUCAAAUAGCAAGUCGGCUUCACUUUGUGUCAUCAAGAAACAGACAAACGUUUAGGCUGACUUGUUAUUGACUUUGCUACUUAGAAGGCCAGACAAAAAUGUCAAAACCCGUAGCUACAGAGCUGCCUCCACUGACAGGGGUUCUAAACUUGACCAAGAUAGAUGCGAUGUUGUAUACAGGGGUGUUCGCCAGCUUCGGUAGCCUCAGCGGACUGUUCACCAUUUUAUUUCUCCUCCUCACCUAUAUCACCAGCACUCGAGAAAACAUGAAGUUUUCCGAGAAGAUCCUAGUCUACAAUGUGCUGAUAUCAGACCUCAUUUAUGAGAUCAUUGUACUGACCAUACUGUGUCCUUCUAUCAGACAGAACGAGUGGACGUUCAAUGAAUUCAAAACAACUUGGAUCGCCUUCAUCAGCACCGCCUGCAUGUUUCACAGUCAGCUAGCCCUGGUGUUCAUCUGUGACCUCAUUGUCUUAUCAUUGACCGAUUCUUACCGAUUUCACGCCUCAGACAAUAUCCGACACAUGUCAGCGCUGGUACUGUCCACACUCUGCUUAUCAAUAUGUAUCUGUUCUCUGCCAGCGUGUGAGCAAGCUGGCUACAUCUUUAGACAAGAAUGGCUCGCGCCAAGUUUCAACCUACGUCAUCAGUACGGAAGUAUGUUUAUGGUGUCUACUAUGUACAGCUUAAUCUUAUCGAAACAAGCUGUCAACCUGUUGAAAAUGUCACGGGUACGUACUUUCUUCAUCAAUAACAGUAGUAAGAUCACCUCACGUGCAUUGAAAGAUCUGGAACUAUUGAUUCUAUUUGAUGUGUUCAUUGCUCUGUACAAUGUAGCCACACUUCCCGCUGUAAUAGGGGGAAUGGCCUUCAAGGUGACCCUCUUUCUGGAAGUGAUAGUCAUUGUAGGCCCCAUGGUCCGAGUCAUACUGCUGUACUUCCUGUGUCCACACUUUCACUUCGGAACAGCGUCAAGUGGUGACGAUUACAUGGACGAGUACGCCAUGAUAUCAGCUGAAGACAAUGAUGUUUUGAAGCUGGAGUUAAUGUCUAAAGAAGGGGCACCAACAACAACAUCAGUAUAGCAGGUUGGAUGACCAACUAAUUGCAUCUUCUAAUAUAUAUAUAGGUCAAGUCUGCCAAUGUCCUGACUCUUUUGUCUUCUCCCAUCUUACAUUGCAUGUUUUUCAUUGUAAGGCAGUGUUUCUCAAACUCUGUUCCACGGAACACAAGCCUGAAUAGGUGUUCCUCAAACUACUGGAAUCAUUACCAAGUAGGCCACCACGUGAAU